UCGUCUGCCCUCUUGGCAAGCCACCCUGUGCAUGGAUGAUGACGGGGAGUGGAUCAAGACUGCUAGGGAAGCUCCCCCCGUGCCACAGGAUGCCGCGUUGCCUUCGCCGGACGACCUCGCCUACGUUGUUAUGAGCUCUGGAACCACGGGCGCGCCCAAGGGCAUCUGCUGCCCCCACCGCGGGGCCGUCCACUCGUACCACCAUCGCCUCGUCAACUUCCCCUACAGCGAGGGCGACAGGGAGGCUUGCCACGUCUUCUUCGUCUGGGAGCUGCUGAGGCCGCUCUUAGGCGGCAUGGAGAGCGCCGGCGGUGUCGCGGUUCCGCUGUACGUAAUACCGGACGAUCACAUAUACGACCCCCCCAGGCUGCUCAAGUACCUCGGAGAGAACAAGAUCACUCGCAUGCUCUUCACGCCGUCCCUCCUACAGCUAGUGCUCGACCAAUGCGAGCCCCAGGACCUCAAGGAGUGCAUGAAGACCAUGCGCAUCGUCUGGCUGUGCGGAGAGGUUGUCACGAUCGAGCUACGCAACAAGUUCAAGGCUCUGCUGCCCGACUGCCACAUGGAGAACCUCUACUCCAUCAGCGAGUGCCAUGACAUCAGCUUCUGCAAUCUCGACCAGGUUGACGUGAACGAGAGCCCCAAGUACGCUCCCUGCGGGAAGGUGGUGCCUAACGUGCGGGCCUACAUCUUGGACGAGCAGUUGCAGCAUGUGCCUGUUGGCGUGCCAGGACGCAUGUGGAUAGCGGGUCCCACAUUGGCGAUCGGGUACCUCAACAUGCCCGAGAGGACCGCCGAGCGCUUCGUGCCCGACCCUUUUGCCGAGGCCGCGGGAAGGGAAGGCGAGCGUAUGUACGACACCGGAGACAGGUGCCGAUACCUGCCCAGCGGCAGCAUCGAGGUUAUCGGGCGCUGUGACUUCAUGGUGAAGAUACGCGGCUACUCUGUGGUUAUCGGCGCUGUGGAAGCGGCCAUCACGGAGCACCCCUUGGUGUCGACGGCGAUCGUCAUGACGGAAGGUGCGGAAGGUAGCAUGGACAAGAAGCUCGUGGCGUACAUCGUGCCGGACAGCUGGGAGAAGCUCCCCAGCGCCAGUUCGAUCAAGCGGUUCCUCAAGUCUCGCCUACCACCUUACGCAGUGCCUCACGUGUGCAUUCUCCUGGAUGCGAUCCCGAUCAACAUGGCCAGCGGUAAGGCCGACAAAAAGAAACUUCCCAAGACCGGCCACGCAGAGGUGCGAUUCGUGCCCUACAGCUGUGCGCAUGACGACCAGUACGCGGAGGAUGAAGGCGAUGCGGUUUUGCCCGCUGGGGACACGAAAGACCCGGCGCCAACCAAACCCAGCCCGGGCUCGCUGUUGAUGGCGGAGGAGAACGAGGAGCAUGCGCCUGACGUGCCAGUACUCACGUCCACGCAGAGGUAUGUGGAUACAUUCAAUUGUCACAAUGGCGGCAAAUUCCCCAUGUGGAACCGGCUGAUAUACAUCGAGCGGAAGGUGGCCAGGAUCCCACAAGAAAUGUGUUGCACAGUGGACGAAGCCACCAUCACACCGUCCUCAGACUUCUUCGAGCUAGGGGGACACUCCCUCCUCCUCGCAAAGCUGUCGGCGGGACUGCUCAAGGACAUGGGGGCCGAAGUGUCGAUCCCCUCCAUCAUAGAGAGGCCCACGCUAGGGGAGCUGUCGGAGAAGCUAGACUCGGAGAUGACCGCGUCGAAAAAUAUGGAAGAGGGCGGCGGCGGUGGCGGCGGGCAUCGUGCGGCGGCGAUCUUGUCCACGCCCGCGCUCAGGGCGGUCGGCAAGGCCUGGGCCAGCGUCCUGGAGGCCGGGUGCGAGUCCUCCUUCUCCCCUAAGGCAGACUUCUUCGAUCUCGGCGGCCACUCACUCCUGCUGGCCAAGCUCGCCGCCGCCCUCUCCCGCGAGGCAGGGGUGACCGUCACCAUUCCGCAGCUCAUCGAAUGGCCCUCCAUGGAGGGGAUGGCCAAGAUCGUCGAGGAGCUCUCAGGAACGAUCGCGGGAACGCCGUCCAUCGUACCGGGCCUGCAGGCGGCCGGUAUCUCCAAUUCACAAGCUGUUGCUCCGGUGGUACUUCACGACGGCUCGCGCGGGGUGGUGCAGGCUGUCGAGGGGGUUGAGGCGCCCACGGCUACGGCGGCCGCGGUCAAGGUGGUUGAUCUUGAGGCCGAGGCUAGCAGGCUGGACGCGAGCAUCUACCCCGCCGGGACGCGAAAGAUCGGGUAUUCGCGUUUCCGAGCCUCGAAGGCGUCUCGGCCUCCCCAGCGAGUCCUCCUGACCGGAGCCACCGGUUUCCUGGGGGUGCACAUCCUGGCGUCUCUGCUUAGGGACACCCACGUGGACGUGUUCUGUCUGGUCAGGGCCGGAAACAAGGAGGAAGCACUCCGACGCCUCGAGGACACCCUCACCAUGUGA